CAGGAUGAAGAAGAUGAGCAACAUUUACGAGUCAGCUGCCAACACGCUGGGCAUCUUUAACAGUCCCUGCCUGACCAAAGUGGAGCUGCGUGUGGCGUGCAAAGGGAUUUCCGACAGAGAUGCCCUUUCCAAGCCAGACCCCUGUGUCGUCCUCAAGAUGCAGUCUCACGGCCAGUGGUUCGAGGUGGACAGGACAGAGGUGAUCCGCACCUGCAUAAACCCUGUAUACUCAAAACUGUUCACCGUGGACUUCUACUUUGAAGAAGUGCAACGUCUGCGGUUUGAAGUUCACGACAUCAGCAGCAACCACAACGGGUUGAAGGAGGCCGACUUCCUGGGUGGCAUGGAGUGCACGCUCGGCCAGAUUGUCUCACAGAGAAAGCUGUCCAAAUGCCUGCUGAAGCAUGGGAGCACAGCAGGGAAGUCCUCAAUCACGGUGAUUGCUGAAGAGUUAUCUGGCAAUGAUGACUAUGUCGAACUUGCAUUCAAUGCACGGAAAUUGGAUGACAAGGAUUUCUUCAGUAAAUCUGACCCAUUUCUGGAAAUUUUCCGCAUGAAUGAUGAUGCAACUCAGCAGCUUGUGCAUCGGACUGAGGUUGUGAUGAAUAAUCUAAGCCCAGCCUGGAAAUCAUUCAAGGUGUCGGUCAAUUCUCUAUGCAGUGGAGACCCGGACCGCCGGCUCAAGUGCAUAGUAUGGGACUGGGACUCCAAUGGCAAGCAUGACUUCAUUGGAGAAUUCACCUCGACGUUCAAGGAGAUGAGGGGUGCCCUGGAGGGCAAGCAGGUACAAUGGGAGUGCAUCAACCCCAAGUACAAAGCUAAGAAGAAGAAUUACAAGAACUCAGGCACUGUGAUUCUGAAUCAGUGCAAGAUCCACAAGAUGCACUCUUUCUUGGACUACAUCAUGGGUGGUUGCCAAAUCCAGUUUACGGUAGCUAUAGAUUUCACUGCCUCAAAUGGGGACCCCAGGAACAGCUGUUCCCUGCACUAUAUUCACCCGUACCAGCCCAAUGAGUACCUGAAGGCUUUGGUUGCUGUGGGAGAGAUUUGCCAAGAUUAUGACAGUGACAAAAUGUUCCCAGCCUUUGGAUUCGGCGCCCGGAUACCUCCCGAGUACACGGUCUCUCACGACUUUGCCAUCAACUUCAAUGAAGACAACCCGGAAUGUGCAGGAAUUCAAGGAGUUGUGGAAGCCUAUCAGAGCUGCCUUCCUAAACUACAACUCUACGGGCCCACCAACAUCGCGCCCAUCAUUCAGAAAGUGGCCAAAUCAGCAUCAGAAGAAACCAACACUAAGGAGGCUUCGCAAUACUUCAUCCUGCUGAUCCUGACAGACGGUGUCAUCACAGACAUGGCGGACACCCGGGAGGCCAUUGUCCACGCCUCCCACCUCCCCAUGUCUGUCAUUAUCGUGGGGGUCGGGAACGCCGACUUCAGUGACAUGCAGAUGCUGGAUGGUGAUGACGGGAUCCUGAGGUCACCCAAGGGAGAGCCCGUCCUCCGAGAUAUCGUCCAGUUCGUGCCCUUCAGGAACUUCAAACACGCUUCUCCUGCUGCUCUGGCGAAGAGUGUGUUGGCUGAGGUCCCAAACCAAGUCGUGGACUAUUACAAUGGCAAAGGGAUUAAACCAAAAUGUUCCUCAGAAAUGUAUGAGUCAUCCAGGACACUAGCACCUUGAGUUCCACCCACUUUUAUGGAGCUCUGAUACCCUAUUCCUGAUAAUAUUUAAUACUCCUCCUCCUCCCUUACUUAAAAGAAGCAACAUGUACACAUUUAAAAUAGCACGUUUUGGUGAUUUUUAACUAACUAAUGAUUUUUUUGCAUGUGUAGCCCCAAGGCCUGAAUCUAUUAAGCCGUUGUAUUGUUAAAGACUUUUUACACCGAAACACAAUUAACAAUAACUUAACUCUUUACAGUUCAGCAUGUCUUGAAAUAAAAUGGUAUCUGUAUCUGUUUUUUAUACAGGUUUGUUGAAAUUUUGCUAAAUUUCUUAUUAUCUUUCCACUGUACAGCAUUUUGAAACCUUUAUUGAACGUUGAUAGCCAAAACAUAUGUGGUUUUAUCUGCUACAGGAUGAGAGACUUUUCAAAAUGACAGAUGCAUGGACUGUAUUUUGCAUGUUUAAAA